AUGGUGGCUAGGACGCCGGCGAGCAAGGAGAAGAGACGGGCGGCGGCGGCGGUGGCCGUCAGCCCCUCUGUUGUGAGGGAGACCGUGAAGAAGGUAAAUCCCCUCACCUGUGCCCUCUGCUUGGCUCCUUCUCUGCAAGAAUCUCACCCCGCGGUUUAGGUGGAGAAGUGCGUCGCUCGGCUGCAGGAGCUCCAGUACACGGUCACCGGUGGGAACAAGAUGGUGGCCGGCGCAAGCCUCAGCCCGCGCAGCACAAGAGGGUAUCUACGCACCAGCCUCAGGUGCAAGCAGGAGACCCAGAGGUCAGCGUCACAUCCCGAUCUCUCCGCCGUUAUCUCCCACCCUGCAAUCACUGACGAAGAUCUUGUGUGCUUGCUUACCUGAAGAAUGAAGAAUGCUGCCGCAAGGGGAUCGUCGGCCGGUAGAUUGCCAGAGAAGACCGGCGAGUGGCGGCGGAUGUCUCUGCCGGCGAUGCUGCUGGGGGAGACGAUCAGUGAGGUUCUCCAGGCCAGCCGAUUCGCCAAGGACGUGGUCGUCGUUGCCGCAAAGCCGAGCACUAGAAGGGUGGCCACCGCCACCGCCGUAGCCGUCUCGACGGAUCCCAGGACCCCGGUGGCCGGCCGCCGGAAGUCUGCGGGAGAGAUCACAGAGCUGAGGGCCAGGCGGACGAGGGAGAAGCAGUCUCUGGUGGGAUCGUCGUCCCGAUCGCCGCCAGUCCGGCGGGCACGGGCCCGCAUCAGCUUCAAGCCGGCGUCGCCUCCGAACUGGAGGGAGGGCACCGGGCGGCGGCCGGUGGCCGUCGCCGCCCAGCGGGUCUCCCCUAAGAGCAGGCCGUGGGCGAAGAAGGCAGUGCUCUUCCCCAACCCGGUCUUCUCCUCGCCGUCCUCCCACCACCACAGGUUCUCCAAGACGGGAUCUCCGGUGAUCGCGGCGAGGUUGAGGCAGGGCCCGCCGCAUAAGUUCCUCAUUAAGUCUCCUCCCACGGCGGCGAGGUUGCAGGUGAGGGUGAAGAGCUCGCAGCCGGCGUCGUUGUCUCCGUUGAGGCUUCCAAGCUCUUCAAGACCCAAGAUGGCAGUUGUGGCCAGGCUGAGACGGUCCUUCUCCCCAUCGAGGCUGGCCAGCCGGUUGGUCGCCAUGUCCCCACUGAGAAGUGGGGCUUCAAAAAGAGAAGCAACGCCCAUUGGAGCAAGACGAGGAAGAGGAAGAUCAGCUGCUUGA